CAUGUUUUGUGUUCUUUCUCAGGGACUUUAUUAUCUCUUCACAGGAACUGGAGCGUCACAUUAUCGGAAUGAACACCAGUAAGCAAGCCUUAAGAUUAGCUUGUGAUGGGGACCGUUUGUUCGUACACAAAAACAGGAAUUGUAACCGAACGUGAAGUGUGGAGAACACAGGGUUUAUUUCACUCCCAUAGACAGGAUUCCGAGGAAUGGGGACAGUUUUCGGUGGAGUGUACAGUUCGUCAUUCAGGUUGUCGUAACACUCUAGCUUUCGAGAACCCAGGGUUUGAGAUUACGGAUAUUGAAGAUCAUUACACAAAUUACAGCAGUCUCGAUAACAUGAACAUAGGAAUAAUUAUGUCUGAUAAAGUUCGCCACUGUUGCAAUACCUGUUUUCAGGAUGAAGGAGAAUGUGGUUCGUUGUUAAGUUUGAAUGGACCUACAGAAGGAAGUUAUAACAGCAAUAUUCUACAGGAAGAGCUAUGUGAAUGUUGUAAAUUUUGUCGUACAGAAAGAAAGAGAUUAGGACUAACGGGACCGACCCCGUGUGAAAGUUGCACGUGCAUGCUAUGCAAGCGGAAACCCCCUCUAAUGGCUUGGAAUGCUGAAAUUGAAAGCAUAGCCGAAGCGGUAGAACCCCCGAUGGAAAUCGUGCCAUUUAAGGAUGAUUUUUGCGGUUUGUGCGACUUCUUCACCGAGGGUAGUCACGAAAAUUGGAGCGGACUAGAUGAGGAUGUAGGUUUGGUGGUGAGAGAUUUAGAAAAGCUGAAAAAUAGAAACGAGAGGGAAAAUGUGAAGGAUAACUGUAAGAGGAGAGUCGUCUUUCAGAAAGGGGAUAGUGGAACGCAGCAUAUUAUCAUUCAGGAUGAAUGGACGUCCUAUCACAUCGAAGUGGCGAAUCCACCUGAAGAUCAAGAAGCUGAUGAAGAAAACGUCGACAAGGAACAGGAUCCAGUUUCAACGCAAAGUGGGACUGUUGUUGUUCGACGAAUGCACCCGCGUGGAGGUGCAUUAAUGCGUGGAGUUGCUCAAGAGAAAGAUGAGGCAAUGGAGCGCACUGAUUCCAAAUUAGAAAGUUUAACUCGUGCAGAGACCACUGGAGCGUGCGACAAGGCUGCCUCUAGACUCCGAGAAAUUGCACAACACCUUCAACAUGGCGACGUGCCUAUAAGUGUUUUACAGAAGACGUUACAGUACGCUGCUUGUGUGCUCGAAACUGUUUCGAUGGGUGAAACCAGGAAACAGACCACAGGAACUCCAGCAAAUUGCAGUCCAAUUCUUACUUCAUCCAAGAAGAGGUCCUCUCUUCAGUCAACCACCACCAGGGAUUCAACCAGACGUCUGACGGAUGAAGAAGACGAGUUAUCAGAGGUCCAGCCCGAUGCUGUACCAAAUGAAGUUCGUGAUUGGUUGGCAUCAACUUUCACCCGCCAAGCGGCAGCACAGAGAAGACGAUCCGAGGACAAGCCUCGUUUCAGAUCUGUAGCAAACGCUAUUCGAGCAGGAAUUAUGGUUGACAAAAUAUAUAGACGGAUGUCUAGCUCGGCUGUGAUGCAGAUUCCAAACCAAAUUGCCCAACAUCUGAAGAAUAUAGACGAAUGGAAUUUUGAUGUAUUUUCUGUAAACAAAGUAGCCAAUGGUCAGGUCCUCCGCUAUGUUGCCACUGAUCUUUUAAAUCGAUAUGGGCUGGUUCACAAAUUUAAAAUCCCAGUCAAUAUUCUUGAAAACCUCUUAAUUCAGGUGGAAUUAGGCUAUUGUAAACACAAGAAUCCAUAUCAUAAUAACAUCCAUGCUGCUGAUGUCACACAGACCGUCCACUACAUGCUUUGUCAGGGGGGAUUAGCGAACUGGCUAACAGAUCUCGAAGUCUUUGCUACAUUGUUCGCUGCUAUUAUACAUGACUUCGAGCACACGGGAACAACAAACAACUUCCACGUCAUGUCCGGGUCAGACACAGCGUUAUUGUACAAUGAUCGAGCAGUAUUAGAAAACCAUCACAUUAGUGCAGCCUUCCGCCUGAUGAUGGACGAAGGGUUAAACAUCCUUCAAAAUUUAAGCAAGGAAGAAUAUAGGGAUUUUCGGAGCCUCGUGAUAGAAAUGGUGUUGGGGACGGAUAUGUCUUCACAUUUCCACCAGAUCAAAACAAUGAAAUCGUUAUUAUCUCUUACAGAGUUUAACAUAGACAAAACCAAGGCUCUAUCUCUGAUCCUCCACAGCUGUGAUAUCAGCCACCCCAGUAAACAGUGGAUGUUACAUUAUGGAGACAAAGAAAAAGAACUGGGUCUUCCUUUUUCACCACUCUGUGAUAGAAACACAACGUUAAUUGCUGAAUCUCAGAUCGGAUUUAUUGAUUUUAUCGUAUAUCCCAGUAUGGACGUACUGGGGGGUCUCUUAAGUAAAAUACAGUUAACUCAAGUACAAGGUAAUAGACCGACAGAAGACUCAAUCAGUGAAGAAAACGAAAGCAAGACAGAGUCUAAAUCUCGCACGAAAUCGAUGUCUUCGAUGCAGACAAAGGGAACGAAUUCCACCACUUUGGAUUCAGCAAAUAGUUCUGUGGUCGGGGUUAAAACUAAGUCCUCUGUGAACACCACUUGUUUUCCAUCGUUAAAUUCAGGAGCACAAAAGGAGAUUCGCUGGCCCUGGAUUACAAAUUUAGACAAAAACAAGAAUCUGUGGCAAGAAAGAGCACAAAAAGAUGCAGAGCUGAAGGCACUAGAAGCUGUUCAGAAGUCGCCUUCUGAAAAUCUGGAAGACAAAACAAGUCAUCCUUCGUCCUCAACGUCAGAGAACUAGCGACAGCUAUCGUAAAUCAUUGAAUCUGUGACAGAUUCGCGUCUAUGUUUCCUUAAACUUCCUAAAGUCUUUGUAUACACUUCCCCGCACACACAGUGAAAUUAUCACUUAGAUAUUCAAUGAGGAACUGCGAGAAUACACGUGACUUCCGCUGUUACUACACGAUAAUCACUUGACAUCCACGUGUUUGUCAAAUAACGAAAGUUUAACAUGUUAAAGUUGUGUUAUUUUCUUUAUGAAAAUAACUUAGAGUUUAUUUUUAAACUGCAGCGGUCUAAACUAUAUAUAUAUGUGUAUAUUCAUAAUACGUCUCUUAGCAUGAAGCCAGCUGUUUUAUUUAUUGUCUUAUCUAAAACGACAAGGCUUAGUUUUGCUCACUACGUUUAGAUACGCUUGAAUGCUAGCAGUUUCAUUGAUUCAAGUUAUACUUUGUCCAAAAACAGCUGAAAAUUAGAAUAUAUUCACGAGUUUUAAAAGACUAAAAUAAAAAAAAACUGUUUCUCUAAUGGGGUUUUUUUUCAAAGCAAUAUCGGGUGUAUAGGUAAAAUAUUUAACGUAAGUAGAGUUGUUAUUGAUGAAUUUUGUAGUUAAAACAUUUGUUUUGGUAGACAAGAAUGUUCGAGGAUUUUCAUAAAAACCAGUUGCUACUUUUUCUCUGUUAAAUACGUCAAAUGUUAAAAUGAUGAUGAUGUGUACAACUUCACCAAUCACAUUUGGUUAGUCACUUCUGAAUAACAGUAACUCAAACACAUCACAACAGAAAGCGUUUCGUUAAACAGCAUGAGUUCCAAGCAUCAAAGGAAGCGUUAAUUUAAGCAGCUUGACUUCAAAACUUCACAGGAAACGUUUUCUUGAACGGCGUGGCCUCAAUACAUCACCGAAAGCGUUAAUUUGAACAGCUUUACUUCAGAACAUCACAUAAAGCAUUACUUCGAAAAGCUUGGCUUCAAGACAUCACAGGAAGCGUUAAUUUGAACAGCUUUACUUCAGAACAUCACAUAAAGCGUUACUUUCAAAAGCUUGGCUUCAAGACAUCACAGGAAGCGUUAAUUUGAACAGCUUUACUUCAGAAC